AAAAAAAAAAAAAAAAAACACACACACACAGAGAAAACACUGAGUAUAUUAAUUAAAUUCAUUUUAUAUGUGAAAACCAGUCUUUCAAGUUUCAACGUGGGCGGCUGUAGUUCUAAACUCGUAAGUCGGAAUAUCAUCAAAGAAGCUGUAGUAGGUGAACAAAGUCAGCGUCUCUGGUUCUGGCUAUGGCGCUGCAAAAUUCAACCAUUCUAUCCAAAUCGACAACAAUGGCGUCGAUGGAUAAUCGAUUAAUUUCAAAAUCGAUUCAUUCAGCGCCAUGCCGCUUUUCUCUACCGAUCAAGUUAGGUUACAGGCAGGAUCAGCUAGUCGUUAGAGCUCUGGAUCCCAAGAACAGCAGCGGCGGAGACGUUAAGAAUGCAGUGCCGAACACCAAUUAUGUGGUGCCGCUUGAUAAAGCUGCUUCCUCUUGCAUCACUCGUCCACUUGCUGAAAUUCUGCGAGAUCUUAACAAGAGGAUUCCUGAUAAUAAUCUUAAACGCGAUUCCAAAGUUAUUCCCUGGUACCAUGCUAACAGGAUGUUGAGUUUUUAUGCUCCAGGUUGGUGUGGAGAAGUGCGUGAUGUUAUCUUCGCUGAUGAUGGAAGUGUUACAGUUGUCUACCGUGUCACUAUACGAGGAUCUGAUGGAGAGGCAUAUCGUGAAGCUACAGGAACAAUCUUGUCUAAUGAUCUCAAUUCUGCUGAUCCCGUUGCUGCAGCGGAGGAAAAAGCUUUUGUCAAGGCUUGUGCUCGUUUUGGGCUUGGCUUGUAUUUAUAUCACGAGUAAUCAAUCUAUUCUACGUCUGUUAUGGUUUUUGAUGUACAUACAAUCAUGUACGAAGACAUGACAAAUCACACGUGUUGACGUUGGGAAAACGAACAUCAGGUGAAAGCUUGAUGCCAUUGAGCUGUAUCUCCCUGCUGAAAGUCAAUCCGAACAAUGACUUCACGUUGAAUGCUAUAUGUUGUUGCUGGUGUAAGAUGGUAAUCCUGUUUCGAGGAUUUCUUUAGUCGUUUCAGCUAAGAGGUUAUGUUGUCGAUUUGAUGUAUUCAUUAGUUUUAUUGUAUGAACUUGCCCUUUUACAAAAUGUCCUUUUCUACAGGAAAUGUGCAACUUAUUUGGAGAUUUGUGUAACAUCCCCCUUUUGUCUGAUAACAUGUAGUUGGGUUUAUCUUA